UCACCGGAUGAAUGUACGACACAAUAUAUGUCGUGCGACGUUAUGUAACGGUUUGGUUAUGGGUCGCCUUUGAAAUUAAAAUUAAAGGUUCCGCUUUGACUGGUGAUUCUCGCCGGACGUAUUUCCCCAACGGACUACACGCCUCUACUUGUGAAUGAUGAGCUAAUUUUCGUUCGUUCUUUUAGCUUAAAAUAAAUGAGUCUCGUGACCGGGAAUUGUUUAAAAAGAUGGGUGUUAUAAGGCACGUCGUGUGCGCCAUGUCAGGCGGCGUUGACAGCUCCGUUGCGGCCUUGUUAUUGAAGAGAAGAGGUGAGACGAAACCCCAUGGGUCAGUUUAUUAGGAUAUAACGUGACUGGAGUGUUUAUGAAGAACUGGGACUCCCUGGAUGAGAAAGGAGUAUGUAAUACAGAGAAGGAUUGUGAGGACGCCUACAAAGUGUGCCAAAUCCUGGACAUCCCUUUCCAUCAAGUGUCAUAUGUUAAAGAGUACUGGCAUGAAGUUUUCAGUAAUCUGUUGAAGGAAUAUGAGAAGGGCCGGACUCCAAACCCGGAUAUCCUCUGCAAUAAGCACAUCAAAUUCAAUCAUUUCUACAAAUAUGCUAUCACAAAUCUUGGUGCUGACGCCAUGGCGACCGGCCACUACGCGAGGACCUCUCAGGAAGACGAAGAGGUUUUUCAGCAGAUACACAAAACCGUGCCCCUGGUGUUGUUCAGAAACCGCUUUGAGUUCAGAAACCCAGUGAGGAUGUACAAGGGAGCCGACUUGCUUAAAGACCAAACAUUCUUCCUGAGUCAAAUCUCCCAGGAUGCCUUGAGGCAAACCUUGUUUCCGCUCGCCGGGCUCACUAAAGAGUUUGUGAAAAAGAUGGCGGCUGAAGCAGGCUUUCACCAUGUGCUACAGAAGAAAGAGAGCAUGGGCAUCUGCUUCAUUGGAGAGAGGAACUUUGAAAACUUUAUUUUGGAGUACCUCGAACCUAAACCUGGAAACUUUGUGUCCAUAGAGGACGGCACUGUAAUGGGAACACACAAAGGUUGGUUCACUCUGACUCUGGGCCAGAGGGCGCGGAUAGGGGGCCUGAGAGACGCCUGGUUUGUGGUAGACAAAGACGUCAUUACCGGCGACGUAUUCGUGGCCCCUUCCACCGAUCACCCAUCUCUUUUCCGUGACACCGUGCGAACGGACCGCUUCCACUGGAUAACGGUGGACCCGCCUCCCGAACUGGCCAGGAGCAAAACGAUGACAUGCAACUUCCGCUUCAUCCACCAGAUGCCGCUAAUUCCUUGCACUGUGACACUAAACAUGGAUGGCUCUGUGUGGAUCUCACUUUCGCAGAGAGUCAGAGCUUUAACACCUGGACAGUUCGCAGUGCUCUACAAAGGUGACGAGUGUCUGGGUAGUGGCAAGAUCAUCCAGCUGGGUCCCAGCGAGUUCACCAUUCAAAAGGGACGGGAAUGCUCGGCGGUGGUGGCUGCGCGGCUCAAAAACGAGAAGCAGGAUUCAGAACCAGUCAGAUGACACCACCUCAUAAAGUACACUAUUUCUUGAGUAUUUAUUGCACAACUCCAAGACCAUGGAUGGUUAAACACAGUUAAGCUGACUUUUACUGUUUCUGCUUGUUUAUGCAUUGAUUGUUAAACUGUCUACGAUCACUCAUGUGCUGUCCAGAACUUGAAAAAUCAAGUUAUAAAUAAUUCAAGUUAGCAGUUCAUCAACAAACAGUAUUUUAAACAAAAAUACACAAUAUUACACAAUACACAAUACUUUUUUUCCACAGUGGCGGGGUAAGGGUCCUUGGCGGCUCAAAGCAAGAAAUUCAUGGGGCCCGCCCCCAGCCCAUCCAUGCACCCCGAAAAAAAUGUUUGUUUGUUUUUUUGCACAGAAGGCCUGUGCGGGGGACCCCCAGAGGGGGUUUGCUACGUCUUGCAUUGUUGUCAUUUGUGUGCAGUACAUGUAUUAGCACUUGGGACAUGCGGUUUAUAAAUACAAUUGCCGGAAAAUAAAUAGAAAACAUCCUGAUAAAAUAAGAAGAAUAUAUUGUUCAAUAUAGCUAAGAUAUAUUUUAUUGUUAUUGUCACAUGUAUUGCUUUCUUCCCCCCCAAUGUUUUAAUUGGUAAAGAUUUCACUAAAAAUGUUAAUCGCUUAAAUAUCAUGCUGUGUGUUGAUAUUUUUCUGUAGGUAACUUGAUUACUGAAAAGUGUAAUUUUCAUUACAGUAGUUUUCAAGGCAUUGUUGUACUUUAAUCUUUCGCUAUGUUUCCAAAAACAUGCUAGGUUAAUUGGCGACUCCAAAUUGUCCAUAGUUAUGAAUGUGAGUGUGAAUGGUUGUUUGUCUAUAUGUGCCCUGUGAUUGGCUGGCGACCAGUCCAGGGUGUACCCCGCCUCUCGCGCAUAGACAGCUGGGAUAGGCACCAGCAUCCCCCGCGACCCUCGUGAGGGAAAAAGUGGUAGAAAAUGAAUGAAUGAAUGAAUGACUGAUCAGGAUUGUUGCGAUUAGGUACCUGUUGCGAAUGCUUGUAGUGCAGGGUUUGUCCGUAGGGGGCGGUGUUGCACAAGAUAAAUCUUCCCGUUAUACUGUAUUGUGUUUUUUGGGGCACAAAUGAAUAAAGCUAGAUCAUUUAUUAGAACGUGACAUCUUUUUAAAUGACCCUUUUUAUUGAAUUGUGAAA